AACAACCCCACGAAUACAGCAUUCAUACACUUUCCAUAUCAUCCUUCAUACUGGUUGCCCUAGCCAAAGAACCAAACGAUGAAUUUUGGAAUUGGCCCAAUGGCAUUGAACAAUGCUGGCAAGCAGAAGAAGAUUCAAGGCUCUGUUGUUGUAGUGAAGAAGAACCUUUUGGACUACAAUGACUUAAAUGACUUCCAAUCUGGCCCUUCUGAUACCAUUCUUGAAAUGUUAGGCCAAAGGGUAUCCCUGCGACUCGUUAGUGCUGACAAGACUGACCCUACAAAUAUGUUGGGAGGAAAGAUGGGAGCCCCGGCUUAUUUACAGAACUGGAAUUUUACACCAGUGUUAGGGGACUGUAAGUUCACCGUUAGCUUUGCUUGGGAUGAGGACUUCGGCACACCGGGAGCUAUCUUAGUACGAAAUGCUCACCAUGGUGAAUUCUACCUCAAGACCGUCACACUCGACGAUGUUCCUGGUCGAGGUCCAAUCCACUUUGUUUGUAACUCUUGGGUCUACCCUGACGAAAAAUACCAAAGCGAUCGCGUUUUCUUUGCUAACAAGACGUAUCUUCCGAAUGAAAUGCCAGGACCACUUCGUAAGUACAGAGAGGAAGAGCUAAAGGUCUUGAGAGGAAAUGGUGAAGGAGAGCUCAAAGAAUGGGACCGCGUCUAUGACUAUGCUUUGUACAAUGAUUUGGGGGAUCCUGAUAAGGGUCAAGAUUAUCAACGCCAGACUCUUGGAGGGAGUCUCGAGUAUCCUUAUCCCCGUAGGGGAAGAACAGGCAGACCGCCGACCAAAACAGAUAAGAGUUGCGAGAGCAGGCUGCCACUCCCAAAGAGCUUGUUCAUUUAUGUUCCGAGAGAUGAGAAAUUUGGUCACGUGAAGUUGUUAGACUUCGUCGGCAAUGGACUCAGUGCCUUACCUCAAAAUAUCUUUCCAAUUUUCGAAGCUCUUUGUGGCAAUCCACCAAAAGAGUUCGACUCUUUUAAUGAAGUUCUGAGAGUACUCUAUGGAGGUAACAUCAGAAGCCUGAUCCCCAACGAGAAGCUAAAGGAACUACUUGAUUAUCCUGUGCCUCAAGUUAUUCAAGACAGUACAAGUGCAUGGCGAACAGAUGCAGAAUUCGCUAGAGAAAUGCUUGCUGGAGUGAACCCCGUCGUUAUUCGUCGUCUUGAAGAAUUUCCUCCAAAAAGCAAGCUAGAUCCUAAAAUAUACGGUAACCAAAACAGUCUCAUAAGGAAAGAACACAUAGAGUGUAACCUGGGUGGAUACACUAUAGAACAGGCAUUAAUGGGCAACAAGCUAUUCAUAUUGGAUCAUCAUGAUUCGUUGAUGCCAUACCUGAGGAGGAUAAACACUACCACUACAAAAACUUAUGCAUCCAGGACACUGCUCUUUUUGACUGCUGAUGGGACUUUGAAGCCAUUAGCAAUCGAAUUAAGUUAUCCACAUCCAGAGGCUGAUAUAUAUGGUUGUGUCAGCAAAGUGUACAAGCCGGCGGAAGAGGGAGUUGAGGGUAGCAUAUGGCAAUUGGCUAAAGCUUAUGUGGCUGUGAAUGACUCUGGUUAUCAUCAGCUUAUAAGCCACUGGUUGAACACUCAUGCAGUGAUUGAGCCAUUUGUGAUUGCAACAAACAGGCAGCUAAGCGUGGUUCAUCCAAUUUAUAAGCUUCUCCAACCUCAUUUCCGUGACACAAUGAAUAUAAAUGCAUUGGCUAGGCAAACUUUGAUUAAUGCAAAUGGUAUUCUAGAGUUGACGGUUUUCCCUGGAAAAUAUGCCAUGGAGAUGUCAUCUGCAAUUUACAAGAGUUGGAAUUUUCUUGAGCAGGCUCUCCCCGUUGAUCUCAAGAAAAGAGGAAUUGCUGUUGAUGACAAGAACUCACCACGUGGUCUUCGCCUACUGAUAAAAGACUAUCCUUAUGCUGUUGACGGGCUAGAGAUCUGGUUUGCAAUUGAAAAAUGGGUCAGAGACUAUUGCUCCUUCUACUACAAGUCUGAUGCAAUGGUUCAACAAGACCCUGAACUUCAAGCCUGGUGGAAAGAACUUCGAGAGAGAGGUCAUGGUGACAAGAAAGAUGAGCCAUGGUGGCCUAGCAUGCAGACUCUCGAAGAGCUGAUUCAUUCCUGCACCAUUAUAAUAUGGGUUGCUUCUGCUCUCCAUGCAGCUGUCAACUUUGGGCAAUACCCUUACGCGGGCUACCUUCCAAACCGCCCUACCAUCAGCCGUAUGUUCAUGCCUGAAAAAGGCAGUCCUGAAUAUGCUGAGCUCGAAACCAACUUCGAAAGGGUUUUCCUGAAAAUAGUUACUUCCCAGCUGAUGACUCUCCUCGGCGUUUCCCUGAUAGAAAUCCUGUCCAAGCAUUCUCCAGACGAGGUGUACCUCGGACAAAGAAGCGACCCUGAUAAAUGGACAACUGAUGCAGCACCAUUGAAAGCUUUCAAUGAUUUCGGAAACAAGCUUUCACAGAUUGAGCAAAGGAUUAUUCAGAUGAAUCAUGACAAGACAUUGAAGAAUCGUUCUGGUCCAGUCAAUGUGCCAUACACUCUACUGUUCCCUACCAGUGAAAGUGGACUUACUGGCAAGGGAAUUCCCAACAGUGUCUCAAUCUAAAGAGCUUCUGCGCAAAAUCUAUGAAAAUCAAUAUUGGUAUUGCUACUUGGGCUUAGCCCAAAUGGUAAAACUGGUGGUAUCCAUAGAUUCUAGUUUAUAGCUCUCCUUGUCCUAAAAGAAAAUAAAGGUUGCUAUUAUUGCAAUACAUCAAUAAAAUUUCCAUUGUGAGUCCAA